AUGAGUUGUUUGAGUCCGUGUGAUAAUUUCAAUGCAUUUGACAUUCCAAAUAUACUAAAGCUAGCCGAGAAGUAUCCAUAUGAUUUCAAUGAAGAGGAAAAACGAAGGCUUCCGGUUCAACUCGGAAACUACUUUGAUUGUGUGAAAAAAGAUAAACAAUUCGCCAACUUGGAUGAUUUGUCAAGUCUUGUAAUGUUCAUGGUUUCAACAAAUAUUCACGUAACUUAUACAUUGGUAUAUCGGUUAUUGAAGCUUGUUCUCGUAUUACCCGUCGUAACCGCAACCGUUGAAAGAUGUUUUUCGGCAACGAGGAAUGUGAAGACCGACUUGCGUAAUCGGAUUGGGGAUGAGAAUUUAAGUGAUAGUUGUGUAUGUUAUAUAGAGAAAGACUGGCUUAAGAAAGUCGCUUUAGAUGAUGUUUGGAUAGAUUUCAAAAAAUGA